UUUAAUAACUUUAAAUAGCAUUCGGCUAAAAGCAAAUUAUUGCAGCGUUGUCAAGGAAACAAGAAAAACAACAUUGAACCAACACAAAAAUUAUAGUGGAAACCUCAAUUUUCCUUCCGGUGCAGUAAUCGCCAAAAAGGAUUUAUUUUAUUCUGGCCAAAUCUGUGGACUUCUCUCCGGAUGCCGCACACCGCAAGCGGCACCACGCCUUCGGCCAACAGAUUAAAAUCUUAUUCUUACAAGUGAACAUAUACUUUCGCACAACACGGCCUUAAAUUACGCCUUAUAGCAUUUUCGAAACAGAAAUUAUUCAAUGCUCUCUUGGAUGCUUUGGACAUGUAGCAACGAAGAAUGUUGUUAUCACAUGACGGGUGUAUCAUAUAAUAACAAGCAGGAUGUAAUCUUCAAAGAGAAACUACCAAAUAAUUUGAACAAACAGUUGCCUUCAUUUAUGUAAACUAAGAUCUAGUCAAGAGUAUUUUAGCACAAAACCACAAAGUAGCGCUCAAACAAACACAGCACCUAAAAUAAUUUAUAUACACAUAUAACAACAACUUUAUACACACUAUAUACAUACAUAUAUAUAGUACGAUACGAAUAUAGUAAUAAAGCGUAAAAAAUAAUUAACCAAAAAACUAAGAGCAACAAACAUCGAAACCGAACACGAGUGCGUGUUGUCAUCAGCUAUUAUGACCACACGACUUGCAACACAGCGAAACUUUAUACUCUCAACAACUGCGAAUGUGGCGCCAAACGCGGUCGAUGCCACUGCAGCCACGUCCGGUGUCAAUGCGACCGUGGACGAUGUCAAUGUUGCAACCGUGAACGUAUUGUCAACACGUGACAUCAAGCAUGAGGAGAUCGCCACCGAAAUCGCAAAUGCUUGCUCAUCCUCGUCGAAUGCCGAGCACUUUGAAUAUAUCGAUACGACGGUGGACGUUGUGACCGCAGCCAAUAUGGAGGACGUCAUCACACAACAAAACAAACUGGUGGGCAAUGAACAGAAUGAAGCCGUGGCCCUUAUCAGCGUCGUGGUGCCGAUGGAUGCCUCCGAUUCCACUGGCAGUGAGACACAUGUCAAUAUGUCAGAUUUAAGUGCAAUUAAAGAUAGCGCUGACUUGUCACAACAUGUGGCCAACGGGCAGGUGACGCUAGUGCAGGCACAGACAGCGGACGGUGACGAAGGCACACCACAAUACAUCACCGUUACAGUUUCUGCGCAGGAUGCUGGCCAGAACUAUCAAGUGCAAUAUGUAGAUACAGAGUUGUAUCACGGCAAUACCAGCCAAACCCAAAUGACGUAUCCCUUUUGCCCAGUUGGCGACUAUCAAACGAAUGGUCAAACUUAUUACUCCACGGCGGCAGGCAGUAAUUACGCAACUUCAGUUACAAACGGACCGGCCACACACGCUUCGUCCCUGCCGUACCUGGUACCCGUGGAAGAAGGAUUAUUGCUGAACACUUCGUCGCAAUCGCACAGUCGAGACUCGCCGCAAAGCUUAACGGAAGUGGCUUACAUUCAAGAGGCACAGAGUACACCGCAAACGCCCACAUCUACAACAACUACGAACUCUGUGAGUGGUGGUAGCAUCGGCACUGGUGGCGGGGGCACAUCGCCAGACAGCGAACAAAAUGGACUCGGCACCUCCAACAAAGUAGCCUCAGCCACGAUCAAGUGGUUGUCACGCAACUACGAGACGGCCGAUGGCGUCAGUCUACCCCGUUCCACGCUGUACAACCACUACAUACAGCACUGCAACGAGAACAAAUUGGAGCCGGUGAAUGCCGCCAGUUUCGGCAAACUAAUUCGUUCGGUGUUCUCUGGCUUGCGUACACGUCGUUUGGGCACACGCGGCAACUCGAAAUAUCACUACUAUGGCAUACGCAUCAAACCGGACUCAAUACUGAAUCACAUGAUGGACGAAAAGCCGACGUAUUCAACACAUACCGGGAAUAGUGUGUCGACCGGCAUUGGGCAUUCCACGGCCAGCGGCGGUGUAGUGUCAACCAGUGGAGGCGGCGGCAAUGGCAAUAGCAAUAUGCAGAACAAUGGCAAUCGCAGUUUGAAGAAGUUGAGUUUCAAGCCAGAAUCCUACGAAACUUGUGCACAGUAUUUGGGCGAUGGCGCUGGCGCGAUUCCCUCGUUUCCCGCCAUCGAUUUGAAUCACACCUACAGUAGUGAGCUCUCGCUUGAGGAUGUGGAGACAUUUCGCGCCAUGUACCGCGAGCAUUGCGAAUCCUUUUUGGAUGCUGUGCUAAAUCUGGAGUUCAGUACCAUUGAAUAUUUGUGGCGUGACUUUUGGCGUGCCAACGACAACAACAAUUUAGAGGAAUGUGAAGAGGAGAAGUAUCUGAGCAAGACGAAACUGUAUCUGCUGUGCCAUUGCGCAGAAGUACAAAAGUUUAUCAAAGAGGUUGACUAUCAAUUCUACCAAAAUAUGGUCGAUGUAAUCAUUCCUGAUGUUCUACGCUCCAUACCGAAUGCUCUCACACAAGCCAUUCGCAAUUUCGCUAAAAACCUGGAGCUUUGGUUGUGCGAAUCCAUGGUUGGCGUGCCUGAUCGCUUGGUACAAAUCAAAUCGGCAGCGGUGUCGGCAUUUUGCCAAACUCUGCGACGCUACACCUCGCUGAAUCAUUUGGCGCAAGCAGCGCGUGCCGUACUCCAGAAUAGUUCGCAAAUAACACAAAUGCUGAACGACUUAAAUCGUGUGGACUUCCAUAAUGUUCAAGAACAAGCAGCUUGGGUAUGCCAAUGUGAGCCGGCGGUAGUGCAACGUUUGGAGAAUGAUUUCAAGUCAGCACUACAACAACAAAGCUCCUUGGAACAAUGGGCCUCUUGGCUGCAAUUGGUCGUUGAUUCUGCCUUACAGGAGUAUCGUGGCAAGCCCAGCUACGCCAAGGCUGCGCGCCAAUUCCUACUCAAGUGGAGCUUUUACAGCUCCAUGGUUAUACGUGACCUGACACUACGUUCCGCUUCCAGUUUCGGUAGUUUUCAUUUGAUACGUCUACUCUACGAUGAGUAUAUGUUUUACCUGGUCGAGCACAAAAUCGCUGAGGCGCAACAGAAGACCGCCAUAGCGGUUAUCUGCGAUCGCAUGCACAAGGAUAUUGACUUCGAGUUUGACUACCAGCUGGAGUUUAUCAGCGAGAGCCAUGAACAGCAGCAGCAGCAGCAACAACAACAACAUAACUCAGUGAACAUCAACACUACUUCCUCUGUCGGUAAUCCUGCAAAGCGUCUAAAGCACGAAUGAGUAAGUGCCGCGAUAGAACUGCAGAGCGUACACCGAACGACACCCAGCAGUAUUCAAUGUAACGAUGUU